GAGCUCCGAAUCCUAGAGAAGCAAAGAGGUAAAGGGGGCGGUGAGGUCACUUCCUGCCCAGACCCCCUCCUACCCACCCCCAGAGGAAAGUGGUUUUUGUUUUCCCCGCCAGCGUAACAGCAGCAGCUUCUUUCUCCUGGGACUUUGAAGCCUCACCUGUUUUGCCAGCCGUGACCUUCAGAAAGGAAGUUCUGGCAGAGUAAAGACUGUGUUCUCCGCUCAGAGGCCAAGAUGGGAAUACUAAACCCAGAUGAGACUGAAGCAGAACAAGGCCCUGAAGUCAGAGGGGAAUUCUGGGAAAGAUCUGUCCAAAAGUUCAUCAGCAGAGACACAACCAGCUCAGAUGUCCAACACCAGCACUUCAGGCAGUUCGUCUACCAAGAGGCAGAGGGGCCCCGAGAGGUCUGCAACCGACUCCACCAUCUUUGCCGCCAGUGGCUGAAGCCGGAGAGGCACAGCAAGAAGGAGAUGCUGGACCUGGUGAUCCUGGAGCAGUUCUUGGCUGUCCUGCCCCCGGAGAUGGAGAGCUGGGUCAGGGAAUGCGGACCGGAGACCAGUUCCCAGGCGGUGGCCCUGGCAGAAGGCUUCCUCCUUAGCCAGGCAGAAGACGUGAUGCAGAAACAGCAGGGGCCAUCCAAAGAGGCUACUGAUUUUCAUGAGACAGAGAAGGUACCAUCCAAUCCGAGGAAGAGGCUGUUCUUUUGGGAGGUCACUUUGGAGAAAGACAGAGACACGACCACCCUGGGUGAUCGGGCACUUUCAGGUGGUUCUGGACCUUCAAGUCUCUGUGGUGGACUGGAAGCCAAACAACCAGAUCAGGGUCUGGUGACUCUAGAGGAGGUGUCUGUCUAUUUCACCCAAGAAGAGUGGGCUCUGCUGGAUCCAGACCAAAGGGCCUUACACAGACAAGUCAUGGCGGAGAAUUGCAGGAAUCUGACAUCUCUAGGGCAGGAGUGCAAGAGAAAGGGAGAAAAGCAGAAAAGGGAAACUAAAGCAAAACCAAAGUGGACAAAGACAUCCAUUGCUUCUGAAAGUGCUAAUUUCCAUGAAAUUCCUGUCCAAGAAGAAAGUCGUGAAGGAAAAACGACUUCCACUCAGCAUGCCAAAAUCUUAACUGGGAAAUCAAGCUUUAUCUUGCAUGAGAUAAUGCAAAAUCAGGAAAAGCAGUUGAAAGAGUCGGAGUAUACAGCGAGCUUUAGGGGAAUCAAACCCCUAAUUUUACAGGAAACUCUCAGCACACAGGAGAAACCACACACAUGCUCACAGUGUGGAAAGAGCUUUGGAAGAAAGGACAAAUUUGUACAGCAUCAAAGGGUUCAUACCGGGGAGAAACCAUAUAAAUGCUCAGAUUGCGGAAAGACUUUCAAGAACAGAUCGAACCUUACUUCCCAUCAAACCAUCCACACGGGAGUGAAGCCGUAUCAGUGUCCGGAGUGUGGAAAGAGCUUCAGGCAGCGUGGAGGCCUUACUUCCCAUCAAAGAAUCCACACAGGAGAGAAACCAUACCAGUGCCCUGAGUGUGGAAAGAACUUUAGGCAGAGUGCCAACCUUAUUUUCCAUCAAAGAGUCCACACAGGUGUGAAACCAUAUCACUGCUCAGAGUGUGGGAAGAGCUUUACACAGAGCGCUAGCCUUUUUUCCCACCAGAAUAUCCACACAGGGGAAAAACCAUACACAUGCUCAGAAUGUGAAAGGAGCUUCACGAACCGCUCCAGCCUUGCUUCCCACCAGAGAAUACACACAGAGGAGAAGCGAUAUACGUGCUCAGAUUGUGGGAAAAGCUUCAAUCACAGCGCAAGACUUGCUUCUCAUCAAAGAAUCCAUACAGGGGAGAAACCAUAUAAAUGCCCUGAGUGUGGAAAGAGCUUCAGUCACACCAUAACCCUUUCAACCCAUCAAAGAAUCCACACAGGGGAGAAGCCAUAUACAUGCUCGGUGUGUGGAAAGUGUUUCUCUCACAACACCAGCCUUACAAGACAUCAGAGAAUCCACACAGGGGAGAAACCAUAUCAAUGUUUAGAUUGUGGGAAGCACUUUCGUUACAGAGCAAACCUUACUUUCCAUCAAAGAAUCCACACCAGGGAGAAACCAUAUAAAUGCCCAGAGUGUGGAAAGAACUUCAGUCACAGCAUAGCCCUUGCUUCCCAUCAAAGAAUCCACACAGGGGAGAAACCAUAUCAGUGCUCAGAGUGUGGAAAGAGCUUCAACUACAAAACAAGCCUUUCAGCCCAUCAGAAAAUCCACACUGGGGAAACCCCAUUUACAUGCUCGAUCUGUCAAAAGUGCUUCAAAAGGAGCUCACACCUUUUUUCCCAUCAAAAAAUCCACACAGGAGAGAAACCAUAUCAAUGCUCAGAGUGUGGAAAGCACUUCCGUUAUAGAGCAAGCCUUACUUGCCAUCAAAGAAUCCACACAGGGGAGAAACCAUAUAAAUGUUCAGUGUGUGGAAAGAACUUCAGGCAGAGUGCAAACCUUACUUUCCAUCAAAGAAUCCACAUGGAAGAAACCCUGUAAAAAUCUUCAGAGUGUGACAUGAGCACAGUCAGAACAUGAACUUUUCAGUCCAUUCAAAUUCUAUAUCCAGUUUAAAAAUUAUCUUAGCUCAGUUACAUGGACACCUGAGUGUCUCAUUUGUUGAAACAAGGUAGUGAAGAUGUAGUUAAAGCCUUUUUAAAGUAUCUGAGGUAGAAUGUAUUCUGGAUAAUGUAAUGUGAUUUAUUAGAUUUAACUACUCAGUUUCUUAGCAAACCAAGCAGAUAAAUUUUUUGAGGUAGAAUUAA